AUGGCAUACAUCAAGUCAACUUACAAAAUUAAAAGGAAUUGGCAAGGAGAUCCAUGUGCCCCUCAACAUUUCGUUUGGGAAGGUGUAAAGUGUAACUAUCAAGACUUUGAGUCACCAAGAAUCAUAUCCUUGAACUUGUCCUCGAGUGGCUUAACAAGGGAGAUAGCUGCUUCUAUAUCCAAUCUCAUAAUGAUACAGUCUCUGGAUUUAUCAAACAACAACUUAACAGGACCAAUCCCAGAUUUUUUGUCUAAACUCCCAAAUUUGACUGUCCUAAACUUGGAGAAAAAUAAUUUCACAGGCUCGGUUCCGGUAGGACUGAUUGAAAAAAAGAAUAAUGGUUUUCUAUCACUAAGUUUGUGCGAUAAUGCACAUCUAUCUCAACAUGUUUCUUGCACAUUGAAGAAGAAGCACAGUUUCGUUAUUCCCAUAGUAGUGUCAAUCGCUGGAAUUUUCAUCCUCUUAUUAGUUGUAGCAGCUAUCUGCUGGUGGGGCUUCAAAAGGAAAAGACAACAUGGAGAUGUCAUAGAUGCAAAAGCCAUCCCUCAAUACGGGUCAUUAGAAUCAACAAAGCGACAGUUCACAUAUUCUGAGAUACUAAAGAUGACCAACAACUUUGAGAGGGUCCUUGGCAGAGGUGGAUUUGGAACCGUGUAUCAUGGCUACAUGGACCACACUCAAGUAGCUAUAAAGUUGCUUUCAGCAUCAUCUGUUCAAGGGUUCCGACAAUUUCAUGCAGAGGUUAAUCUUCUUAUGAGAGUUCAUCAUAAAAACAUGACAAGCCUUGUUGGAUAUUGCAAUGACGAAACCAAAGUAGGGCUUGUCUACGAGUAUAUGGCCAAUGGGAACUUAUUGAACCAUCUUUCAGAAAGAAACAAGGCUUACACUCCUGUUCUUCUUAUGGAUGCAGAUAGCAGACUAAGUAUCUUGACUUGGGAAGAUAGACUUCGAAUAGCAACAGAUGCUGCACAAGCGCCUAUAAUGCACAGAGAUGUGAAAUCAACAAACAUCUUGCUGAAUGAAAAUUUCCAAGCCAAAAUAUCUGAUCCUGAGUUCUACAUAUCAAACAGGUUAAAUGAGAAAAGUGACGUUUAUAGCUUUGGGGUUGUGCUGUUGGAGAUUAUCACAAGCAGACCGGUUUUAACGAGGACGCAUGAGAGAAUUCACAUAAGUCAAUGGGUUGGUUUCAUACUUGCAAAUGGUGACAUUAACAACAUCGUCAAUCCGAGGUUAGAGGGAAAUUUCAAUACCAACUCCGUUUGGAAAGCUGUGGAAAUAGCAAUGGCUUGUGUAUCCAUAAAUGCCACCAAGAGGCCAAGCAUGAGCCAAGUAGUGGUGGAUUUGAGGGAGUGUUUGGCAACAGAAUGUGCUGUAACAAAUCAUAGCCGUGUAGCUGAAUUGGAUAAUUCCAAUGCGUUAAUGGCUGACAAUUCGAUCGUUAGGCUAACUCCCUCCGUGAGGUAG